GAAGCAACAGUUUCCAUGGAACUAAUCUAUAAGUGGUGAAAGGGAGGGAGACUGAACGUCACUAUCGCACAUCAGCAAAUAAGUUGUAGGGUCACACCGUUACACUGUUAUGUGUUACAGACCUGCAGUAAACACAAGUGUACCGCGUUGCCACUGUGAAAUAUUUUGUAAUGGAUCUGUUUUUUGCUUUACAGGCCAACAUUUGGCCUUUAUUCAUUGCCGCUGUGUUUUUUUUUGUAAUAUGGAAGAGACACGGUAAGGAAUAUGAACGUCACUUUGGAAGGUUGCCUCCAGGACCUGCUCCUGCACCCGUGGUCGGGAAUUUUUUUCAGGUUUAUGUAAAGGAACCAUACAAGUACUACCUUCAGCUUAGUAAAAAGCAUGGAUCCGUUUUCACUCUUUGGUUUGCCAACACACCUGUUGUGGUGAUCUCUGGAUACAAAGCUCUGAAAGACACCAUGAUUGGCAUGGGUAAUGAGUUCAGUGGCAGAGCAAACUACCCUCUCUUAAUGAAGGUCACUAAUGGAUAUGGUAUUUUGGUCAGCAGUGGAGAACGAUGGAAGCAGCUUCGGCGGUUCUCUAUAUCUACCCUGAAGACUUUUGGGAUGGGUCAUCAGAGUAUUCAGGACAAGGUGAAGGAGGAAGCCAGCUGUCUUGUGCAAUCUUUUGGUACAAUUGGAGACUCUGCUUUCGAUCCAAAAUACCUGAUACAUAAAGCAGUGUGCAAUGUGAUCUCCUCAAUCAUAUUUGGCCAGAGAUUUGAGUCUGAUGACCCAAACUUAAAACUCAUGAUGGACGCUGUCGAUGACUACUUCAAAGUUUUAAAUAGUCCACUUGGACAAGCAUAUAAUAUUUUCCCCAAAAUUGUGGGUCUUUUUCCUGGCCAGCUCCAUGACAUGUUUUCAAAAGUGAAAAAGGCCAAAAGUUUAUUUAAGCUUGAAGCAGAGGCACGAAUGAAGACAUUUGAUCCUUCUUCAGCCCCUAAAGAUUUCAUUGAGGCUUUCCUAUUACAAAUGAAUGCGGAAAAGGAUAACCCAAAUACAGAAUUUCAUUUCAAUAACUUAUUGAGCACAAUAUGGAGCAUGUUUAGUGCUGGCACUGAGACUACAUCUUCAACAAUCAGACAGAGCCUGCUGUUAAUGAUGAAGCACCCAGAUAUCCAAGCACGAGUCCAGAAGGAGAUUGAUGAGGUGGUGGGGCAAAGCCGGUGCAUUUCCUUCGAAGACAGGCAGAAUAUGCCAUAUACAGAUGCAGUCAUUCAUGAAGUUCUGCGCACCCAGGAUAUUGCUCCGACUUCUGUUCCACAUAAAAUGUUUUAUGACACCGAGUUUAAGAACUAUCUCAUACCUAAGGGAACCAUCAUUCUUCCUUUGCUGUCAUCUGUGCUUACUGACCCUGAGCUUUGGAAGAACCCUGACAAUUUUGACCCAGCCAAUUUCCUUGAUCAAGAGGGACGAUUCAAAAAUGAUGCAUUUGUUGUUUUUGGAAUGGGAAAACGUGCCUGUCCAGGUGAAGCUCUGGCCCGAGUGGAGAUCUUUAUUAUAGUCACCUCUCUCCUCCAGCAUUUCACCUUCAGGGCCACUCAGCCACCAGAAGAGAUUGUCACCACUCCUGCUAUUUGCAACUUCGGCCGUUUACCUCGUUUCUAUGAGUGCUAUGCUGUGCCGAGGAAAUAAACAGCUGUCUUCCAGAAUGAUAUUUUGAUAUAUCAUUUGAAAAUUAAAAAAUACAGGGAAAAAAUAUAAAAACAUUUCCCAAAAAUAUAUGGUUGUAACAUUAGAUAUUUGAUUAUUGAAUUUAAUGACAUAACAGUUUGUCAUAACAAGAAUAUAGACAAAACAAUUAUCUUUGAUAUAAAAGGCACCAAACAAGUAGUGAGACAAAUCUAUCUUAAAAUAAGAUAUAAAAUAAUUAAAAACAAAAUCAGUUUACUUUUUAGUCUCUACUUUACUUUACUCUGUUCCUUUCCUUUUUCCCUUAUGUUUCUUCUUGACCAUCUUCUUUUUUCUUCAAAAGAAAAAUCAAAUAGUCGGUCAGCUUUAUUAUAUCGGGCACAGCUCCAGAGCUGAUACACAAUAAUGCUAGAAUGGCUUUUAAAAGGCGUGGCCAGGUGCACGGCCAGGAUUCUUCUCAUUGGGGAUGUUGUUUAGCAACUGGUGCCAUGCCUGUGACAAAAUCCCGAGUAUGUUUCUGCAGAUAUGCCUGAAGUUUCUUUUAUUAAUUUGUAAACAUUUCCAUUUUCCAACAACAUCGCUGAUGGCUUAUGAAACUGUGAUUUUUUUCUUGUAAACAUGAAAUAUGUAAAUUUACUUCAAUUGCUUAAAUUAAUUAAAAUAAUUUAUCGAAUUAAAUGAGAGCAGUACAAUAUUCUACACAUAUUAACCAACACUGUUAACUCUAUAUAACAUUGAUUUUUUUGUUAUUGUAUAAAUUACUUAUGUGCAUAAUUUCUCCAUUGUUGUGCUUAUAGAAACAAUAAAUGAAAAAAAUGA